AUUGGCCUUGAGGCCAAUCACUACCCCACCAUGCGGACUCGACACCUCUUCACCGCCUGCCUUUCAUUUGCGCCCCUUCCUGCCGCCAGCCGUGGUCCUGCUCGAUUCCUGGCUCAUGGCGAGGCUCAAGACACUCUGCAAAGCAUUUGCAGCAGCGGGAACAGGCCCGGACGCAGGUUGCGGCUCAGCCUCUGGUCUAGCUUCAGGAACAACGUUGGGCUCAGACAUGGAAGCAGGCACGGGUCUACCCUCACCGGGAAGAGACACAACGAAAGCGGGCUCAACAAGAAGGGCGACAAUGUAGCUGCUUCCAAAGGGGCGGCCUUGUCGUGGGAUCUGUUCCAGGGCUUCGGUGCAGGGGCCUUGAGGACCGCUUUCUACACAAAACUCGCGGCUGAAGGUCUUGUUUCCGCUAGGGAGUUCUUCAACUUGGUGGAAAAGAUCUCAUGCGACCUAGCGAUGUCGCAGCCUGUGCAGAUGUGCAUCGGGUUCGAGUCAAGCGGUGCUCCGUCCGAGGGAGGAGAUUUGGGUUUCGGUGCUUCAUUCCAACUCCACCGUGGGGAGGAACGUGGUCGCUUCGACAACAGCGAGGGGGAAGAAGAGGAGAGGACGUCGGGUUCGCCGGUUAGAGGGGGAGACCGUAGGGUGCUGAGCAAUCCGGGUGUUGAGAUGAGAACACCGACGGGUCCGAUCGACGUCGAUGUGACGUAUUUCCUCGAAUGGAAAGACGGCGUGCGCACAAAGCGCGAGAUACCUGUUAACCUGUCGCAAGUCGUCGACAUCGGGGAGUGGGAAGCGGGGUACAACCAGCGUUCCUUGGAUCCGGUGCAUACACAGCUGAUCAUCGACGCGAUGACGACGGCCUACUCGCAGGCCUCGAAGACUUACGAGCUGCCCACACUGAAGCUGGCGCCGUUGGGGCUAGAGAAACCGAAGUCGAGGGUGCAUGCACAGCGUAUGAAGCCCGAGGACUGGAAGGACGAGCUGGCGGACCAGUACUACUACUACGCUGCUGUCGGCCAGCAUAACGCGGCCGCCACCAGGACGCUGCUUGGCACAUACGUGGCGGUGAGGUACAACUUCGAGAGGUGGCGUGCGCGAAUGGUGUACUUCUCCGACGCAAACUUCGAAGGGUAUUUUUUAGUCAGCGCCGAGGAUAACAAGAAGGACCUGAAGGCGCCUCCCAGACAGCAAAAACUUUCGAUGAAGGACAUCCGGUGGUGCUGGAAGGAAAAGGGUUACCCCAGAGCUGUUAUGGGGAACCCGAGCGGGAAACAGGCUCAGGUGGAKUYUUGGUGCCAGUUUUGUGAAGAUGCUCUUCAAAAGACGCCGUACAAUCAUUUGUGUACACUCGCUGACGACAAGACCGAGCAAGGCAUAAGGAAGCAUAUUGCUGCCCUUCGAUCUUAUUUCCAGGUUGCGAUGGCCGGUGAGAGCGCGUGGAAAAUGGGAAUGGAAUUUUUCGAGAAAUGGGAGACAGGCAGACUGCUGGCACCCGAAGGGGCGAGGUGGAUCGCGAAGAAGAAAAAGGUGAAGGGCGUGAAGGCCGGUGUGAGCCACAUCGAAAAUGAAAAGACCGGGCGAAAGGAGGUCGUCUACAACAUCCCCGUCGAUGCGCCUYAAAAGAAAGGAAAAAAAGAAAAGGAAUCCGGSGAUUGGUUYGUCCAAGUCAACGAGCCGGAUCCGCACUGCUGGAAAAGCAUGGAAGCCCUCACGGACAAUGAGAAAUGUCGGCUGUUGAAGAAGGUUCUCAACUGCGAGGUGGUGUGGGUGCAGACCAACUCCUCUGCGUUGGCAAAGCAAGGGAAGCUAGGGAUGCAAGAGGCAGUGCAUCUGGUGAAGUGCGACCACAUCUUAGUGCGGUUAUGGAACUACUACCAGUUCAAGUAUGAGAAUCGGCCCGACUCCGAUUGGACGCGUUCCUAUCCCUUCCUGCGAAAAAGAGAGGCGAUUUUUGCGCAGUUCAAAAGUCAGGGACUGGAUGCAGCAUUGUGGGACGGAAGCAGGAAACUCGUUGGAGACUCAUCGUUGAUCAGAGACUGUCCCCCGUUCAUGGGCUGCAAAGACAAGUUGAUCAAGGCGACGAAAAAACUGGUUCUCAACAAGAAGUUGUCCAACGACUGGAAGAACAAGGUCCUUUCCGUGCUGACCGGCACCAGGUCGAAGAGCAUGCGCUCGCCGAAGGCAUGGGUAUACGAGGUCCUCUUCCUGGAGACGCGGCCCAGGAGGGACAGCGACCCUGAGUAUAUUCGAUGCAGGGAGCACAUGUUGGCGUUGCUGGACAACUACCAUGGCGCCUCGCAUUUGAAUGCGAAGAACUUCGUGGACCGGCUGGAAUGUUUGUACUUUGUCGAGUCGGAGCAAGAACUCAGGGUCGCGAGUUACAAUGCAUUGAUUGACACGGACGAAGAGACAACGACCGGAGUCGUUUUCGACACGAAUGUUCCGAAGGAGGAUAGCGGCAACGAGGAAAUCCCCCUGAAUUACCUCCCUGCUCUUGUUCUUCCACCCGCGGGCUCCUCGACGGCAGGCCCUCCGGGCGGUGGAGGGGGUGGGGGAAGCGGCAAAGGGACAGGAGAGGGCGCCGCGUCAGCGGGAUCGGUUGGCACUCACGACCAGGGAAUAAUAGUGGAAAGCGGCAGCCGGGUCGGGUUGUUGAACCUUGCUGACAAGACGACUGUCGGGGCCAGCAAAUCGGCUAAGUUCGCCGACAUCCGAACUUCUCAGAACGUGGAGCCGCCGCCUUUGGACGCUGCGAAGUCUGUCGGCGUCCGCGCUGCAUCCACUACACAUUGGUCGGCCCUCCCCUUGACGACUGAAUUCGCCACUUCCGUUGGCACCGAGAGAGGCUCGAGUGCCGGUGUUCCGAUCACCGGCGUCAAGUACAAGUCCGCCACCAUCCGGACGAAGCCUCCUGAGGUACACGAUGGGGAGCCCGUCCUGACCAGCGCCACGGGAGCUGAAGUGUCGGAAAUGGGUGCCAAAACGAAGUCCGCCGGAAUCCACACUUCGGUUUCGUCCGGUGCGACGUCCGACGACUUUCCUACGCGGCAGGGGACUGCAUCGGCCGUCGGAGACGGGCAGCCUGCAGAGUUCAAUGCACGGUUGGAUAGCGGGGCGCCAUCUGUGCUCUGCAAUUUGAACUCCGCCGGUAUCCGAACUUGCUGGGGAACGGACCUGCAGUCACGAGGCGUCGGGCGAGCGGAAGAUGAGACGUGUGCGGGGGCAGAGGACUUGUCGACGGGAGUCGACGCGGGGCCGGUGGGAGGAGCUGAUAUGCGCGAGAGGGAUGGGGGGGAGGAAUGGGUACAAGUGGAGGACGGCCAAGAAGAACUUGAAUGGAAAGAAGGUGGGGAAGGAGUGGAAGGGGAGGACGAACGGUCGGAGGGUGGAGAAGAUGCUGGCUGCGGUGAAUUAUCUGACUCGUUCGGACACUUGUACACGAUGCAACGCGGAGGUGACGUCGACGACGAAUCAACGACGAUGGAAAUGGAGACUCAGGUGGGCAUUGGCCUUUCCGCGGACCCGGAUGCCUGUGACAUGCACCCGCUAGCGGCGGCAGUGCAUCUCCGGGACGUGUGCGACAAGGUCGCCAUGGCAGUUGGCCGGACAAAAACGACUCAUCGAAUGGACGUCAACGACGUCACUGAUUGCAAACUCCGCGAACAACAGGCCAUAUCAACUCCGUCCCCGCCUACAAAAACCGUCGGGCACGUUGACACCGAUCAUUCCUUGGGCGCCGACUUGGAGGCCCCGUCGCCCUGCUGUCCGACACUAGCAGACACCUUCCCUGGCGCAGCGGGUGGCAGGGUUGCCGGCUGCCAGCAUCUGACGUCCCCGAAAAAAAGCAGGGUGGCCACUCAGCCUCCCGCGGUGCUUGCCUUAUCCGCGCCCCGGUCGCCGAUGAAGGAACGGAGGGAGAAACCAGCUGGUAAGGGUUAAUGAUCUUCACCACGUCUGCACGUUUACGUCUCUAAAGUGCCAACGAUGUCAGUUGGCCAUCCUGUCGUUGACGAGAGGACAAGUUCCGCCUUCCCAUGGACGGUAGCGAAGACGGAGGUCUGUGCGGCCACAGAAGAGGAUUGUCGACACUGGCGCAGUUCUCCCUGCGCCAAAAUUCGAGC